UUUAAGAGAGGCUCGUCCAGGAACUGAACACACUUGAGCUUGUAAAGACGUCUACCGAGAGCCCACCGGCCGGGAAAUCAGCCCUAAGUAGUGAUCAGAAGUGUUGAUAUUCACCGACAUAAGAUUUCAAUCGGAUUCCUGCAUUCUAUUGCAAACAUUGUGGAAUGGGAAACGGAAUAAAUAAGGUUCUGCCAGACCUGUACUUGGGUAAUUUCAAAGAUGCCAGAGACAGGGAGCAAUUAGCGAGAAACAACAUCACACACAUCCUCUCCAUCCAUGACACUGCUGCCCCUAUUCUACAGGAGAUGACUUAUCUUUGUAUUGCUGCAGCAGAUGCACCCUCGCAAAACCUGAUACAACAUUUUAAAGAAAGUAUUAGAUUCAUGCAUGAAUCACGGCUGAAAGGAGAGGGCUGUCUAGUUCACUGUCUUGCUGGCGUGUCGCGUAGCGUGACUCUGGUGGUGGCAUACGUCAUGACUGUGACUGGUCUGGGGUGGCAGGAGGCUUUGGCAGCAGUGAAGGUGGCCAGACCCUGUGCUUCACCCAAUGAGGGCUUCCAAAACCAGCUGCAGGAGUUUGAGACCACCCAACUACAGCAGUUCAGGGAGUGGCUGAAGGAGGAGUAUAAGAAAAACCCUUUUAAUGAUGAAGAGGAUAUCCUUGCCCUGCUCGCACAGAUACCCAGCACCUCAGCACUGUUGGAGAACGAUGUACAGGACAGGACGGUGGACACCUGAAAGGUCUCGACUAAUCAUUCACUCCAGACAGAGAAGGAAAUCUAAAGUCAACAAGCCAUUCCUCAAAGACUUGUUCAUGAUAAUUGUUAUCUCAAAUAAGAAAUGUCUUCAUUUUACAUCCUCAGUCAAGUUGGUGACUGUGUAUAUGGCAUAGCACUGUUUUUUAAAUUUUUUUUGUUUUAAUUAAAGGACAUUUUUUCAUUUUGUAAAUAAGAUCUACAGUAUGCCAGAUUUUAAUGUUUACUACUGAAGCAAUGUUAGAUGUUAAAUUGCGUUUUGUAGUUCUUGGUAAUUUACACUUCUGUUAUAAAAAAUGUAUUCAUACUAAAGUCUUUAACUGAG